AUGGAACCUGAAACAGCAGAGCUUGGACCCUCUAUUCUUCUUCCUUCUGUGAAAGAACUAGCAAAGGAGGCACUAACCAAAGUUCCAGAGAGAUAUGUAAUUCGUUCAGAUAUUGACCCUCCAAUUAUAUCUAACAAACACUCUUUGCCACAGAUCCCUGUCAUCGACCUAGAUAAGUUGUGUUCUGAAGAAGUGAAGGGUCCUGAACUAGAGAAGCUUGACCUUGCAUGCAAAGAAUGGGGUUUCUUCCAGCUGAUUAAUCAUGGAGUUAGUAUCACAUUGGUGGAAGAUGUGAAAACAGGUGCUCAAGAACUCUUCAAUCUAUCAAUGGAAGAGAAGAGUAAGCUUUGGCAGAAACCAGGAGACAUGGAGGGGUUUGGUCAAAUGUUUAAUAUGUCUAAAAAGGAGGCAUCAGAUUGGGUAGAUUUAUUCUACAUUUUCACUCUUCCAUCUCACUUAAGGAAGCCUCAUUUGUUCCCUAAUAUACCACUGCCACUCAGGGAAAAUUUAGAGGCUUAUUGUACAAAGAUGAGAGACCUUGCAAUCAACAUUUUUGUUGUUAUAGGAAAAGCUCUUGGCAUAGAACCAAAGUAUAUUACAGAGUCAUUAGGAGAAGGAGGCCAAUCAAUGAGAAUCAAUUACUAUCCUCCUUGUCCCCAACCAGAAAAUGUCCUUGGCCUUAAGGCUCACACUGACGGAUCUGCCCUUACCAUCCUUCUCCAAGCCAAUGAAGUGGAAGGCCUCCAAAUAAGAAAAGAUGGAAUGUGGGUUCCUGUUAAACCCCUCCCAAGUGCUUUCAUCAUUACUCUCGGAGAUGUUAUGCAGGUAAUGACAAAUGGGAUAUAUAGGAGCGCUAAACAUCGAGCAAUAGUGAACUCAGAGAAAGAGAGGUUAUCCAUUGCUACAUUUUAUGGUCCAGAAUGGAGUGGAAAUAUAGGUCCAGCACCAACUCUUGUUACUCCAGAAAGACCAGCAUUGUACAAAACAAUUGGCGUAGCAGAUUUCUACAAGGAAUACCUUUCACCCGAGCAUCAUGGGAAAUCAUACAUAAAUGAUGUUUUGAGGAUCCAAAAUGAGAACGUAAAGGCUUGCUUCUAG